AGCAGCGUGUUUCCGGUAAGGGCGACACAACAGUACCAUCAGAACCGUUCUGUAAGAAAAUUAAAACAGACUUUAAAAGUAAUUUCAUUUUAUGUGAUUCGAUAUCAACUUUAUGAUUAAUUGUAUUGUCAGGGAGCCAUCUAUCGAGCGUCGCGGAACACACGCGGCAAUGGAAGCCGAGUUUCGGGAAAUCGAUGAGCUCGGGAACUGGAACGCCGUUUACCAGGAGAUUAGGCAGCAGUCCAGUGACCUACCAUGCAAGAUCGCCAAACUUCCAGAAAACAGAAGUCGUAAUCGCUACAGAGACGUCAGCCCAUUUGACCACAGCCGUAUUCAUCUACAGAUCGGCAAUAAUGACUACAUCAAUGCCAGUCUGAUCUCAGUGGAUGAAGCUCAGAGAAACUACAUACUAACUCAGGGUCCGUUACCAAACACCUGUGGUCACUUCUGGGAGAUGGUGUGGGAACAGCGCUGCCGAGGGGUCGUGAUGCUGAAUCGCGUUAUAGAGAAAGGCUCGGUAAAGUGUGCUCAGUACUGGCCUCAGCGAGAAGAGAGGGAGGCUGAUUUUGAGGACACAAACUUCAGACUUACUCUGAUCUCAGAGGAUGUGAAAUCGUACUACACAGUACGAGAGUUGGAGCUGGAAAAUCUGUUGACACAGGAAACACGGGAGAUUCUUCAUUUCCACUACACCACAUGGCCAGAUUUCGGCGUGCCAGAGUCGCCUGCGUCUUUUCUCAACUUCCUGUUGAAAGUGCGCGAGUCGGGCUGUCUGAGUCCAGAUCACGGCCCUGUCGUGGUCCACUGCAGCGCUGGCAUUGGCCGUUCUGGAACGUUCUGCCUUGUAGACACCUGCCUUCUACUGAUGUCUCAGAGGGAAGAUCCAUCAUCAGUACGCAUCCAGGAGGUAUUGCUGGAAAUGCGACGAUACCGCAUGGGUCUGAUCCAGACAGCUGAUCAGCUGCGUUUCUCUUACCUCGCUGUCAUAGAGGGUGCCAAGUACAUCAUGGGAGACACGUCUGUACAGGUGUCUUGGAAGGAGUUAUCAAAUGAGGAGGAUCUCCCCCCGGAAUUCACUCCUCCUCCCAGGCCACGGCCCCCAAUAGAUCCUCCUAACGGCAAAGACGACCUGGUGAACUCUGACCCCACACACUUCUUCACUGAGAUCAUAAAAAACAGUGCAGAAAUCUGUGCAAACAGUGCACCCCAGACAUUCACAGACGGGCCUGACCUACGCAGACGGAUGGUCGCAGCUGGUGAGGUUGGAGCGACGCCGUUGUCAAGCGAACAACUCGACGACCCAAUCGUUCCAAGAGAAGCCCCUCCCAAACCUGCACGGUCUCCGCCCAAGACUCCCACCGCAGAGGCUGUUCCUGCUCCCGCCUGUGGAGCGUGGAGCCCCCUGAUGGCCAGUGUGUGUAUGUGCACGGUCCUGGCUGCAGGUGCUUAUGUCUGUUACCGCACCUAUUUCCACUGAUGCCCUGUCUUUCGUUCCGUCUCUUUCUCUAUCCCUCCAUCUGCUGGCUAUUGGUGGGAAAAGAAAAAGAGACACACACACACACACAUUCUCAGCUGGACCUGUCUCUCUCAGCUGAGCCCAUCUCACUCUCUCCAAGUGUCUCUGGGGAAGAGUUAUAGAGGCUUUUCUCUGCCAAACUGCUGUCGUCUCCCUCUAUACACUCUCUUGCACACAAUCUAAUAAACGUGUGUCCGUUUAAAACCUCAGGGCC